UUUAUCCCUUGACUGAUGAGGCAAUUGCAUUUAUUAGACUCGGUUUUAACUGGCUGUUUGUCAAGAAUCUCAGUUGAGAGUUGACUUCUUGGACACUCGUCGCUACUUCAGGAGGACUUGUUUGCUGUCUAACUAUCCCGGCUAGCGGUGGGCUGAUAUCAGAGAAGGACAACAUGAGCUAGGUGUUUCAACUGUAGCUCAGAUAGUAAAAGCUGCUACCUUCAGUGAGAGGACGAGAGACGCACCUGUCUGUAUGUGUCGCCGAUAGUUAACAUGUCGAAUCAGAUCCAGCCGGCUGUGCCGAUCCAACAGCAGCCUAAUCUAAACUCUUCUCCUUUCCCACCACAAUGUUUUGUGAAUACUCUAAACAACCCUCUUCAAAUCAAAAGGAAUGUUAUUACAGUCGAUUACAAUGUAACAAGUCAGGUGCUCGGGAUGGGGAUAAAUGGCAAAGUGUUGGAAAUAUUUCACAAAGAAAGUGGAGAAAAGUAUGCACUGAAGAUGCUGCAGGAUUGUCCGGAGGCCAGACGGGAGGUGGAGCUCCACUGGAGGGUGUCAACUUGUCACCACAUUGUACCCAUCAUAGAUGUUUACGAGAAUCUCUACCAUGGCAGGAAGUGCCUCCUCAUCGUGAUGGAAUGUAUGGAUGGAGGGGAAUUGUUUAGUCAUAUCCAGGACAGAGGGAAUGAUGCAUUUACAGAAAGAGAGGCCUCUGACAUCAUGAAGAGUAUAGGAGAAGCCAUCCAUUUCCUGCAUUUCAUCAACAUUGCACACAGAGACAUCAAGCCAGAGAACCUGCUGUACACCUCCAAAAGGCCAGACGCCUUCCUCAAGCUGACCGAUUUUGGGUUUGCCAAAGAAAUCACCACCUUAAACUCUCUGGCAACUCCAUGUUUUACCCCGUACUAUGUUGCUCCAGAGGUUCUGGGUCCAGAGAAGUAUGACAGAUCCUGUGACAUGUGGUCUCUGGGUGUCAUUAUGUAUAUUCUACUUUGUGGAUACCCUCCGUUUUUCUCGCAUCACGGUCUAGCAAUAUCCCCAGGAAUGAAAAGACGGAUUCGUACUGGAAAAUAUGAUUUCCCCAAACCAGAGUGGAGCGAUGUGUCUGAUGAAGCCAAACAGCUAAUUUGCCGCUUACUGAAAACUGAGCCUACCCAAAGAAUGAACAUCACCGAGUUCAUAAAUCAUCCCUGGAUAAAUCAGUCAGUGGAGGUCCCACAAACGCCUCUCCACACCAGCCGCGUGCUGCAUGAGGAGCAAGAUGUCUGGGAGAAGGUUAAGGAGGAAAUGACAAAUGCCCUGCAAACGAUGAGAGUGGACUAUGAUCAAUUUAAAAUCAAAACUAUUGAAGACUCGACUAAUCCUCUGCUCUUGAAGAGAAGAAAGAAAAGUAAAAAACCACCCACACAACCUCCAGGCUAGUGAUAGACAGAGACACACACACACACACACACACACACACACACACACACACACACACACACACACACACACACACACACACACACACACACACACACACACACACACACACACACACACACACACACACACACACACACACACACACACAGGAGUUCCUUGCCAAGUGGCUGUAAUGCCUUUAUAGUAUUUUUUUAGCAGAUUAAAUUCUUUCCUCAGUGGUUUUAUUUUGAAACGGGAGUGUCUCUAGGCCAUUUGCCAAAUGUGCUUAAGAACUUUUGAACUCUGUCCAUGCACUGAAAAGUAUGUAAAGUGUGUACACUAAGGGCUAUAAAUUCAUGCUCUCCUUAGAGGAAACCAACAUCUACAGUGUGUCUAAAGUUUUGUAUAUUAGGAGAGUUUUUAUAUUUUUGAUGUACAUAUUUUAGUGAACAUUGUUUGGUGUAAAUCUUUUGGUUAGUUUUCUUCUCUUAAGAAUUCCUGUUGUCAGUGUUUAAAACCAUUAAGACCGACUUUUGCUUUGAGGGUGUUGUUAGAGAUAGUUUGCCAGUGUCCUCCAUAUGUACCAUUUGAAUGGUUGUUACAAGAAACCACAACUUCUGUUUCAUAUACUGAUGUGAUGUUGGAAGCGUUUCUCCUUACAACGAUAAAGGACAUUUUUUUCCCCAUUUUGUGGUUGUGCAGGAUCUAAAACAUAUAAACCAUGUGUACAAAUAAUCAAUCUUGCUAUGACGGUGAUGAUAGCUUUGGAUUGACAAUACUGGGAUGCCAACACAUUCUUUUGUAGCAUUUUCUCCAAAGCAGUUAUAUAGAAAUUGUUGCAUGAGGUUUGUUGCGUGACGCAUAGGAAAAAUGGACGAAGCUAAACCUUCAGAGUUUAAUGAGAUUUACUGUGUAAAAGGUUUCUCAUCACUGUUAUAAUGUCUGUGUUUUACUUUAGAUUAAAUCUCUUAACGUUCUCUGUGGUUUUGCAUGUUGUUUUUUGGUUUUUGGUAACCUGUUCUACGAUAGCUUUUCAAAAAAGCAAUUUAUCUCGCUAGCAUAUUAACGCAUUUAAAGGGAAGUAGAAAGACAUUUUGUAAUGUCAUUUAAGACAUCUGACAAUUAGUUGGCAAUCUGCAUGAAGUUACAUUUUGUUCCAAUGGACACAAAGAACAUUUUAUGGCAGUUUAUCCAAUAGUGUACCAAAAAAUAUGUAGAGCCGGGAUGCUAUUGCUCAAAAUGAAAAUGAAAUUGGAAAUGAAUGGCAAAUGGACUAAAUUAUGUUAAGCUCCAAUAUUGUACUUAAGAUGGUUUCAUGCACAUAUGAUGCUUGAAACUCACCAAUUAAGUAGCAUGUUUUAAAACAGUACAGUUUGUAGUUAAAUUCAUACAUGACAAACAAUGUUUAUGUUUUACCUUAUGGUAAAGCGCACAACAGCAGAACACCUCAGAGAUGAUUGUUUAGUGUACAUGCUGUUAUUAUUGUGGCUUUGUUGGAUUUUCUGGCUGUAGUUGGAUAAAUGAAUGAAUGACGCCCAGUCAGAGUGUUUUGCAUUAAACAUGUUGCUUUAAUCACAAGACAAUUUUUUGUAUUUUUUUGCAUCCUGUUUUAAUUUUGACUGUCUUUGUGGCACAUUCAGAGAAUAACACACACAGCAAAUCUUUUUUUGCCUGAAUCAAAUUAUCAAUGACUUUACAAUGUGGAUAACAGGGGGAUUGAAUCAUAUAUCCAACAUCAGAUUUCAAAGGAACAUUGUUUUUCCUGCCAGAUAAUGAUAAUUUUGGUAUAUUUGUGAGGAAGAACCUUAUUAAUAGUUAAUUUGGGCACAGAUCAGAAUACAGGCAUCAUGUAAUAACUUGGGGAGAACAUACAUGUUUUAUGUUCUCAUUAAAAGGUUGUUUUUGGCCAAAGAAUGUGAUUUGAUUAAAAACCUGCCAACUAUUUUGUGCAAAGGGGUCCCAUAUGUGUAUCCUCAGGUCCCCUCUCCUCUCAUGUAAUGUUUUAGUAUUUGAAGUCUUUACAUGCUGAACGACUUUUAUUCAAAUAAACCUAUCGUC